AUGGAUAUUAGACAAACUACAGGAUUUUAUGAUUUAUGUAUAAACGUAUCUCCAAAUGAAAAGCACAAUUGGUAUCCUCUUUUGUUAAAAUUACAUGAACUUGGGUUUAAGAUGGUUGCAAUAAAUACUAAUUUAGAUGAAAGUAUUCUUGGAGUGGAUAGGAAAAAGAAGAAAAGACAUCAGGGAGAACCAUCACAAAGUAUUAUAUCUGAAGUAGUCGAUAUAGAAAAUAUAAAAAGAGACUUUCAUGAAAAACUGAAAGUUUUUAAUAGAAUUAGCUUCUUAUGUUCUGAUCCUGCAAAGACACAUGCAUUGAAUCAUUGUGCAACUUUAAAAAAGUAUGAUUCGUAUGUAUUUGUUCCAAAACCAACUUAA